CUUCUUUAGUGGAAACACAGAGGGAAGGAAAGAGCCGACAGAACCAUCAGAUCAACACCUGAGACAACAAAGAUGGGUUGCCUGUUCUUGAUGGUGCUUUCACUGACUGUGUUGCUGCUUGAUGCAAACAAUUUCCCACCUGUAAACAUGGGCCGACUACAAUAUGCAGUUUCACAAAUCUUGAAUCGCUACAGACCAAGCUAUGAGGUUGGAGAUCAAAGGAAACGCCCCAUGUUCAGUCUGGUUGCAAGAAUCCCGUUCAACAGUGAUACUAAUCAGUAUGAUAUCAACCAAGUCACUGAUGAUGCCAAUAAUGUAAAGGACACCAUCGUAGGUUGUGAGGUUUACACUGGAACAAAUAUACUGGCAGCCACAGUUUUAAGAUGGCCUGAUGUUGUGUAUCAGUGUCCGGAUGGACGUGUUCAGUGGCCUAUAAGAAGCCAGGCUAGAACUUGGGCGGACGCGUACUGUCAGAAUACGAUGUCAUUUAAUGAAGGCAGAGCUGAGCAUGCAGAGUAUCGUAUUCUGCAGAACUUGGAUACUUGGCUCAACAAUCAAAAUAUGGGACAAGACCUGUUGCUUUUUUACGCCUAUGCUUCUCCAUGUACUAGAACAUGUACAAACAGAGACAGUCCCUAUAAUAUUCUGAGUCCCUUGACAGGCUAUGUAGAGUUUAACAUAGUGUUUGUGUUUUCUAUAGUGCACCAGCCUAGAAAUGCCAUUGUAUCUCCAGACGUUCUACAGGAUGCUCUGAAGAACCUGGGGGGAACAAUCGGUCUGGACCGCAUAUUUCGUUGUGAUAGAGUGAAUGGUAGGAUAAAAUGUGUAAACUGUAAAGAUAAUGAAAAUGUUGCUGGGUGGUGUUAUGAUGAUAAUCAACCGCCAGCCUAAAAAGGCAGGGGGUAAUCAGUAGAUGGGGCUCCCAUGAUUCAUUACAUGAACUUUAGCUUUGCAGGAACAUGAGGUUUAUUUUUAAAAUAAUAUCUAAGUAUUUGUUAGUCAGCUGGGUCCAUGUCCAGUCUAGCUUCAUUUGAAUCUAACCCAAGCUAUUAGAAAUUAACUGAUUUCACUGACCAAGAAAUUUUGAUGAAAACUGCAUUUUAUAUUUCCUCAGGUCGUUUUUGUGUGAUAUUAAAGUUUAAUUUAUGAUCUGAAAUAUUAAAUGUGCAUUAAAAAGAAAAAAAAGAAUUUUCUGAGAAAAAAAACUUUUCUACAGUGCUUUGUAUGUAAAUUUUUGUGAGAUUUGAUUGCAGAGUUAUAAUCAGAAUUUAUUUUUAUUGAUCCAUAAUAUAUUCACAAUAAUGAUGUACUUAAUGGACUUCAAUUUUUCUUCUGUCAUAAUAAAGCUUUGCUCAGCAUUCA